AUGAAAUUAUUAUUAAUAGGACUAUUGGUAUUAGUAAAUACAUAAUGGAUAACAUAAUAUGAGGCAUUCUAGAAUGAAGAGUUUGACUCUUUGGAUGGUAAAAUGAUAAUUAAUUUAAAGGUUGGGUGAUUUAAAAUUAAUUUGAAGCAACAACAGAUAUAAUUACAAAAUGCAGUGGUAAAAAUAUAGUUGGAGGAUUCAAGACAUUUGGUACAAAGAGUACAGCUACAAAAUUACUGAAAAUACCUCCUCAUUAUAAAUUAAAGUUCAAUUUACAAUUAUGGAAGUAUUGAGAUCGUGAUAUAAUUAAUUUAGAAUAGGAGAAUGGGAAAAUGAUGUGAUUUCUGUUUAUGUAGAUGGAGUUCCUUGGGAAAUGAAAUGGGGAUUUACAGAAGGAGGAAUUCGUUUAUGUGGUGGACCAGAAUCAAAAAAUAGUGAUAAAGUAUUUGAUGUUGAAUUUGAAAUAUUGCACAAUUCACCAACUGUAACAAUAGUUAUGGCUACAACUUCUUAAGGAAAAGCUGAUGUAUAAGCAUGGGGAUUUAGGUAAUUAAAAAUAUCAUUUAUUCCAUGUCCAUCAGAAUGUGGGAUAUGUCAUAAUGAUAAAGUUUAAGAAUGUAAACACUGGAAUUAGGAGGCUUUAAGUUGGUUCCAUGUAGACACUAAAUUGGAAGGAUGGAAAUUAGAGAAUGGAAAACCAAAAGGAUUUGAAUGUUCUGGUAUUGUAGUAUUUGGGGGUUAUGAAAAUAUAGGUGCUAAAGCAUUAUUAUCAAAUACAAUUACAAAUCUAGUACCUCAUAGCAAAGUUAUGAUUAAAUUUACAUUUUGGAAGGUACGAUAUUUAGUUUUAUAUUUUAGAUUGAUUUAUGGGAUAAUGAAGAAUUUUAUGUUAAAAUUGAUGAUAAAUAAGUAUAAAAAUUAGCCUUUUAAAAAACUGAUGGAAUUGAUUUAUGUGGAGCGUAAGUUAAAUUAAUAAUUUUAGUAAGGAAACAAAUCCUGGUUAUGGAGAAAAAAUUGUAUCUAUUGAGAUUAUAUAAAAACAUUCAAAUCCAACAUUGACUAUAUCCUUCACUACUUCAUUAAAAAAAGAUCCUGAUGAAUAAUCAUGGGGAAUUCGUGAUUUCUUUUUGUUUGCUGCAUAAUGUACAAAGUUUUGCGAAGAAUGUGUUGGAACUGCAGAAAAUGAAUGUACUAAAUGUUAAGCUACACAUACAUUACAAGAUGGAAAAUGUAUUAAUAAGAAUGAAUGGUAUAUCUUAUCAAAAGAAUUCUUUACAGAUGAGCAAUUUAAUAAAUUAGAUGGAUGGAAAUUUUAAGAUAAUGAUCCAGCUGGACCAAAUCCUCCAGUAACAAAAUGUGGAGAUUUAGGAUUAGUAGGUGGAUAUUAAGCUUUUGGAAAAGUAAUUAUUAUGUAAUAUUAAACAAUUUUAGAAAGCUACUGUUUAAAAAGUGUUUAAAAUACCUAAACAUGAUUUUAUUAGAAUUAAAGCAACUGUUUAUAAAAUUGAUGAAUGGGAUGGAGAAGAAUUAACUAUGUUUGUUGAUAAUAAUGAAUUUUGGAGUUAAUUUUUAGGAUGGAAUGAUCCAGGCUAAAGUGAUGUAUGUGGUAGACCUGAUGGAAACUGGAAAGAAAGAAUUAUGAGUAUAGAUAAAAUCAUUCCUCAUACAUAAUCAGAACUUACAGUUGAUUUUAAGAGCACACUACAAAAAACUGCAAAUGAAGCUUCUUGGGGCUUUAGAGACUUUUUAUUAUUGUAUUCACCAUUAAAAGAAUGCAUUGAAGUCUUUAGUGAAUGUAAUUAUCAAGGUUAAUCUUCUAAAAUUUGUGACAAUAUUGAGUCUCUUAAAGAUGUAAAUAGACUAUUUUAUUUAGGCUCAAAUAGAAUUUGAUAUUAAAUCUAUUAAAAUUCCAGAAGGUUUGAAAAUUACAGGAUUUAAGAACCCAGGAUUCAAAGGAGAUAGAGUAGAAUAUGAAACUAAUCAAGAAUGCAUUGACAAGAUAGAAUUCUCAUUGAUAUAAAAGUAAUUGACUGGAAAUCUGAAAUAUAUAAAUAAAUGA